AUGAAGUUUUUCGGAACCCUCGCUGCCGCCGCGCUCUGCGCUCUCACUGCCGCCGCUCCCGCCCAUUUCGACACCAAGGACAUUUCCACCCGUGCUGCUCCGGUGGAUCCCUCUACUGGUAGUGACCUCGCGGAGAAUGCUAUCGUUUGGAUCAUCGCCGCGUAUUCUGACGAGGCUGAGGGUUCCGAUCAGAUGACCAAGCGCACGGAGUCCACUGAGCCCCUCAACAAGGAAGCCGAGGUCAUCCUCCUCUUGGUGUCUGCCUACGGCAACGAGGUCCCAGAUGCGGCCGACAAGCGUGGAUUGCACGAGCUAGCCAGGCGUGCUGCAGUCCCUGAGGAAGCCCUCACUAACGAAGCUGAGGUUAUCCUUCUCCUGGUCAGCGCCUAUGGCGAUGAGGUCGAAGGAGCCGACGUAGCCAAGCGCGCAGCUACUCCUAUGGAGAUGUCUGCGGCCAAGCGUGCCAUUCUCCAGAAACUCAAGGCUUAG